AAUUGAGGGAGAGUUAGUUGUUGUAGAUUACCCUUUUUCUUCGGUGUGUGUCGAGAAAGAGCAGAGUAGAUAAUAGGAAGAAAGUAAAGAGUUUUUCUUUUUCAGUUUGAGGUCACUCCCACCGAUGACUGAUCAAUGAUCAUUAACCCCUUUUCUUCAAUCGCCCCAAAAAUUUCUUCUUUCUCUAUCUAUCUUCUAUUCUACAUCACCACCACCCCAAGCAAAAAACGCGUGAACGAACACGCAAAAACCCUAUCACCCCACACUUCCCUUUCUUGGAUCUGUAGAUCUAACGUUGUUGCAUCACGUAAUUGUUGCUGUGUUUCUUCUGCAACCUAGUGCUGUUUUGUUUUUGGUCCUGUGACUUCACUGAAAUUCAAUUGAACCUUGAAUAUCUCGGAUUUUAAUGUUUGAAGUUUGAAAUUGAUUGGUAGGAGUAGCGUAGAUAGGUAUAUAUUGUGAUUUAUAUAAAAUAGGUGAGGCAGGGUUUGUGGAUUUUGAAGGGGUGUUGGGGUUGGGGUUGGGGUUGGGGUUGGAGCAUCCAUUUGUGGAUGUGAAGGAAUUGGUGGUUGUUUUGGGGUGAAAUGAGGGAUGCUAUCAAGGUUGAUGGACUUUCUGACUGCCUGCUGGCGGCGAAGAUCCUCCGACGGCAAGGGUUCCGAGGUUUCGGGGAAGAAGGAGGGGCUGCUGUGGUACAAGGAUGCCGGGCAGCACUUGUUUGGUGAAUACUCAAUGGCUGUUGUUCAGGCCAACAACUUGCUUGAGGAUCAGAGCCAGAUUGAGUCUGGCCCUCUUAGCUUGCUUGACACUGGCCCUUAUGGUACCUUUGUUGGGGUGUAUGAUGGCCACGGUGGACCUGAGACGUCGCGCUACAUUUGUGACAAUCUCUUCCAACAUCUAAAACGAUUUGCAUCUGAGCAUAAGUCCAUGUCUGUGGAGGUUAUUCGGAAAGCGUACCAAGCCACAGAAGAAGGUUUCUUGUCAAUUGUUACCAAACUGUGGCCUAUGAAUCCCCAAAUUGCUGCUGUGGGAUCUUGUUGUUUGGUUGGUGUGAUUUGUGGCGGUACCCUCUAUAUUGCUAACCUUGGUGAUUCCCGUGCUGUGCUUGGGCGGGUUGUCAGAGCAACUGGGGAGGUUUUAGCAAUCCAGCUUUCAUCAGAGCAUAAUGUGGGCAUAGAAUCUGUGAGACAAGAGAUGCAUUCUUUGCAUCCAGAUGACUCAAAAAUUGUGGUUCUAAAGCACAAUGUAUGGCGGGUGAAGGGUCUGAUACAGAUCUCUAGAUCCAUUGGUGACGUGUACCUAAAAAAGGCAGAGUUCAACAAGGAACCUUUGUAUGCUAAGUUUCGUCUCCGGGAAGCUUUUAAGAGGCCCAUUUUGAGCUCUGACCCAUCAAUUUCUGUUCAUGAACUUCAACAGGAUGAUCAAUUUCUCAUAUUUGCUUCUGAUGGCCUCUGGGAACACCUUAGCAAUCAGGAUGCUGUUGAUAUAGUUCAAAAUAAUCCACACAAUGGAAUUGCUCGGAGGCUCAUCAAAGCUGCUUUACAGGAAGCAGCAAAAAAGAGAGAGAUGAGGUACUCUGAUUUGAAGAAAAUUGACCGCGGUGUCCGCCGACAUUUCCACGAUGAUAUCACAGUUGUAGUUGUAUUUCUUGACACCAAUCUUGUCAGCAGAGCCAGCUCAGUAAGAGGUCCUCCUUUAUCAGUGAGAGGAGGUGGUGUUCCCCUACCUUCUAGAACUUUGGCUCCCUGUGCUGCACCUAUGGAAACUUAGUUCAGGUUGAUGAAGCUGCCUGUAUCAUCUGUUAUGCUUGUAUCUAGUGUUGUACUCUUAGCAGACAUUGAUCUCUGGUGAGUGGUGACCCGCCAGAUUGUAUAUCCAAUUUAACAGAUUGAGAAAAUGUUCGGUCAAUUAGUACAAUGUAACAAGUGACUUGGAGUAUGUAGUUUGCGUGAGUAAAGCAUCAUGAAAGUAGAGCACCAAAGUCAAAGGUGACCUUGAAUAUUUGAUCUUUAAGAGGCAGUCAUAUGAUUGCAUCUCAUUUACGUAGUUCAUGAUAACUAGUUUGUCGCACGCAAUAGGAAAACUAAAUAUCCAAAGUUCAUAUUGCCUGUUAUCCUUAUUUAUUUUAGGUUAUGUUUGACACAAGGCUAAUACCCUUAAGGACGAUGAAUAAGAAUUUUGGAUCUGGUAGUAGCUACGGGAGAUAUGGGUA